GUCGCAGAUUACCUUGUUUCUUGGCGCCGCCGAUGCUGCUGGCGCUCGCGCUGACACUGCCGCUGCGCCAUCUCGAUCCGCCAUAGCUGAUUCUAGGUCUUCUUGCAAGAACCGGAAUGGAAGAGCUUCUGGCGAAAAUCCGUGAAGCAGAGGCUUUGGCACUGCGGCUGAAAGAGAGCGAGCUCAAGAAGAAGAUCAAGAAGCCACCUCCUCCAACUACAAAGGAAAAGGAGGAGUUUCCGGAGCACGGAGACUGGCUUGACGCUUUCCGGAGAAACCUUGGAGCUUUGGAUCGCCGCUUGGUUGUUCUGAGCCUCUUUGAUGGAAUCGGCGGCACUUGGGCUGCUUUGGAUCGUCUCGAAGUUCGGUACAAGGGAUAUAGCUCUGAGAUUAAUCCUUACGCUGCGCGCGUUCUCAAAGCCAAGUUUCCAAACGUUACACACCUGGGAGAUGUAAAGGACAUUCGACGAGGAGACAUUGAGGAAGAGAUUGAUCUCGUUGUUGGUGGUUUCCCUUGUCAAGACUUGACCUCUAUGGGCAAAAGGGAUGGGCUGCAUGGCUUUCGCAGCCGUCUAUUUUUCGAUAUGCUCCGUAUACUGCAUCUCUUUCGGCCCCGAUGGUUCUUGGUGGAGAAUGUGGCCUCCAUGACAUGGAUAGACCGAGAAGAAAUAUCCAAGUAUCUCAACUGUCUUCCUAUUGAGAUCGACUCCCAGGAUCUAACAGCCAGCAAGCGCAAGCGUCUGUAUUGGACAAACAUCCCGCAUCCAGAGAAGCUGCCUGACGUGAGAAAUCACGCAUCCAACCUUUUGCAACAUGCUCUUGACGACGCGACGGCUCUGGAAGAAAAGAUCGGGUGUGUCAUGACGUGUAACUAUUACGUGGGAGGAUUUGGACAACUACAACGUGUCUUUGACCGCAAAGAUAAGGUGCUGAGAUAUGUCACCGUAACAGAACUAGAGAAGGUAAUGGGGUUCCCUGCUGGACACACUGACAUCGAUUUUGGUAAUCUGGACGACUUCGUGCCGUUCGCACCCGAGCAAACUCCUAAAAGGAAAUGCAAGCUUGAUGACAAGGCUAAAACCAUUCGGUGGAAUCUAAUUGGCAAUAGUUUUUCUGUUACAGUAAUUUCUUACAUGCUCAGUCCACUCAUGCUACCUUCGACUUGGGAAGCCCAUGUAAUCUACAACUUCUCUCCAAAAUUCAGAGAGAGCGAGUGCGCCGUACUCGAGACGGGGGAGCUUUGGGCACUUUAUAACACCAGGUCACAACCAAGCUGGUACGCAGUUAUUCUAUCCAGGAGUGGAGAUCGCUUCGACACAUUGCAGUCCAAGAAAAAGAAGAAAGGGCUGCAAAUUCACGUAUGCUUCCUGGAGCUGGACACUGGCUUUCUUGCUGCAAACGACGACCAAUGGAGCCCCCUCCGCGGAACCGGACAAUACAACAGGAUUGACAAAGCUGAUCUUCAGACAUCCUGGGUCACAUUUUCUCACAGAAUGACCACCUUCAAGAAGCUCGGAGAUAGCUACUUCAUCUACCCUGGAGAGAAUGAAGUCUGGGCAGUUUUUGAUCGCGAUUCAAGCCGGCCUACGCUGUACUAUGUGCUUGUUUUAACCACGGAGAUUGACUGGAACUUGGUAACGAGGACCCCAUCGGGGGUAGAAGGAUUUGCGUCUCGCUGUAGACUUUUGCAGCAGACAAGUGCCUCAGACAUUUUCAGACUCACUGACACGGAAGUGGCAUUCAAGGAUCUGGCACAGUUUUGUUUCAAGGUGCCAUACUACUUCAAAGGCGAGGGGAGCGUCUUUAAGCUGGAGCUGAGCAAAACCGGCAAGUAUCUCAAUCACAAGGUUGGGAGAAAGAGGAGGAGGAAGAAAGGGGGCAGCGACGGCGAGGAAGAAGAUGAGAGCGAGUCGGACGAGAUGGAAGAGCAAGAACAAGGCUCGUAAUCACAAGGAAGUCGUACGGAAAGAAAAUAUCUUUGUACGCUAAAACCCCCCUAAACCCUACACUCCAAAAUCCUUGGCUA